AUGUUGGAACUAGCACUCUUCCUUGGAUUGGCAGCUGCCGCUCCGGGCUCGUCUGUCAACACGACCUCUCGUGCUCCGAGCCUCUCUUCUGAGGCCAUCACUCUGGGCCUCUCGUCACUUUCGAACUAUACAUACACCAGUUAUCCCUCACAGACGGCCACUCCUACCACGAGUGGGCAGUCCAUUCCGACUGACUAUUCUGAACAAGCAUGGUCGAUGCUCUGGGAUCAGGUCGGCCCUGUAUCUACAGCCUCCAUAAACUACACUGUUUCACCUACGCCCGAGGCAACUCCAGUACCUCCUCCGUAUGGCUUCUCAUCUCAGGUCACCACGGGCAAUUUGAGCUCUUACCAACUCCCUUCUGAUUUCGUGUGGGGAGUUGCUAGCGCUGCCUACCAAGUUGAGGGUGCCGCGAUGGCCGAAGGACGAGGUCCCUCAAUCUGGGAUCUUCUAUCUCAUCGCGUCCCGGGUUAUGUUGCGGAUCACGAAACCGGCGACAUUACGGAUCUGGACUACUACUUGUAUCCCCAGGAUAUCCUGCGUCUUAAGGCUUUUAACAUCCCAUACUAUUCUUUCUCCAUCUCUUGGAGCAGAAUUUUCCCCUUCGGUCGUGGUUAUGUCAACGAACAAGGACUUGCUCACUACGACGAUGUCAUUCAGAGACUUGUUGAAGCAGGCAUUAAGCCAAUCAUCACUCUGUUCCAUUGGGACACUCCCCUUGCUCUUAUGAACGACUACAACGGUUGGGUGUCUGAAGAGAUUCAGGCAGACUUUUUGGCAUAUGCACAACUCGUCAUCAGUCGUUAUGACAAGUACGUUCCUAUCUGGAUCACAGUGAACGAACCUCAGGUCUUCUGCGGCGAUGAGUACCCUGGUUUCCCCUCAGGCUAUUGGCCACAACAUGGUGUCACUGGCCUGCGUGCACAGUACUACUGUGGUCACAAUGUGCUAUUGUCUCACGCAGCAGUCGUGGACUGGUACAGAAAUGAAUUCAAGGGUACUGGCCGUAUCACCUUCAAGAACUCGGCAAACAACUACAUCGGUAACACCACGUCUGCUGCCGACACCGCCGCUGUUGCUCGCGGAAACGAUUUCCAGUUGGGCUGGUUCAACUCCCCCGUUUGGCAGACCGGAGACUACCCAGCUUCGCUGAGAGACACUCUAGGUGACUUGCUUCCUCACUUCACUGCUGCCCAAAGCGCAAUGAUUCUUGGCUCUUGCGACUUCUUCGCCAUCGACGGAUACACGACCGAUGUGAUCGCUGCCUUGCCUGAGGGGACCGCUGCCUGUGCUUCUAACUCUAGCGACCCUAACUACCCGACUUGCGUUACCCAGUCUCAAGUCACAGCUUCUGGUUGGGAUGUUGGAUUUGCUGCCGAUCUCGGCGCCUCCUGGCUCAAGUCGGACCCUACUGGUCUUCGCACCUUCCUCAACUACCUACAAAAGACAUACACCGGACCCAAGGGCAAAGACAUUGUCCUCUCUGAAUUUGGCUUUGCUGAGCCUGGCGAGAACAACUUCACUACUCUUCAAGAUGCCACCUACGAUCAGUUGAGAGUCGACUACUUUGCUGGUUACCUGAACAACUUGUUGGCUGCCAAGGUCGAGGACAAUGUCAAUAUUACUGGCGCCAUUGCCUGGGGUAUUUUUGACAACUUCGAGUGGAGCAGUGGAUUGAGCACGAGAUUUGGUUUGCAAUACGUCAACUACACCACCUUUGCUAGGACACCCAAGGCUUCCAUGUUUACUUUCACGGACUUCUUCAAGCAACACGGGUUCAGAUAG